UGUCAGCAGCGCGCGAGCUCGCCACCCCGCCCCCUCCCCGUCUCGCGCAAAACAGCACCAGAGCUCAGAAGAGUAAAUAGAGAGAGAGAGUGAGCCCCAAGAUGGCGGAGUCACUGGGCUUCAUUCACUUUGGUGCAGCGGCUAAAAGCCCUCUCGCCAAACCGAAAGAGUCUAAAAAAGCUUCGCAGUCACGGCCGCAGUCCUCCCGGGACCAUCAGCCGCCGCCGCCCAAGAAAGUCCGGACCGACGAAAAGAGUCUUAAGCCCAAGAAACUAAAUGGCGAUGGAGGAGCUGGAGUGGGAGUCAACGCUGGGGCGAAGCAGGAGCCGAGCCAGACUUACAGUAGCCCGACAACAUGGAGCAUCGGUCACGUUAAGGCGACCAACCCCUCGGCGCCCCACCAGAAGCCUCCUAUCCACAAAGUCUUCAAGCAAAGCGAUUUCCUCCUAUCCUCGCCUGCCAAACUCAAAAAGACCAAGAAGAAACGCGAUAAAGAGAAGGAGAGAGAUAAGAAGAAACACAAGCCUCCAGGACCCGGGACAAAUAUUAUUAGUCUCAAUAACGUUAAUGUUACGUCUCCGGGGAUGAAGAGGGAAAACGGAGAAGUGAAGUUGGUGCAAAAAGACCACCACACCACGGAGACAACGAAAGAGAGGGAGAAUAAAAAGGACAAGGAGAAAGUGAAAGACAAAGAGAGGGAGAAAGAGAAGAAAAAACACAAAGCAAUGAAUGAGAUCAAGAGGGAGAACGGAGAGGUCAAGCUUCUGCAAAAAGGCGAUAAAGAAAAGCCCAAAAUAAACUCGGAGGAGCUUGCAGAUCAAAAAGGUGAAGAAGAAAAAGAAGAAGAAACACAAAGAAGUGGAGAGACGGAGGCGCCCCAAGAUGUAUCACAGGUCCAGCCAGACGGCCUGCGCCGGCCUCCUCCCCGCCAAGCACCUCUCCCCCUCCCCAAGGGGGACUUCAAACCCCCCCUCCCCAUUCAGAACAACCCCCCGGCCCUCCCGAAACAAGACAAGAACCACUCUCCCUCCUCCAAGACCCCCUCCAGGGACCCAGACCUGAAGCCCCCCCAGGCUCAGUGCUCCUACCCUGGGCUGGCCGGCAUGGAGUUCAGCCGCCUGGUCCACGUGGAGGAGCAGCCCAACGGGGGGGCCCUGGUGGCUCACGCCUACAACAGAGAGCUGGAGGCCCUGACCCCCCAGGAGAGGCAGCGGUUCGCCCAGGAGUUUGUCACCCUGACCUUCAGCGAGGACCAGGCCCAGGCUGCGCACUACGUGAUGGGCAUCGUCCACGGAGCGGCCUGCUACCUUCCAGACUUCCUGGACUACUUCUCCUGCAAGUUCCCCACCUCGCACGUUAAGAUGGAGGAUCCUGGGGAAGAAGGAUAUCGAGACCACCACCAUGGCCAACUUCACCUCUCAG